AAUAUAAAUGCACUACGAAGACAGUGGAGCCUUGCAUCUACUUGCCUCAUCCUUCUCCUCCUAGAAUUUCAUUUCUUCGCUGUAAGCUUGAGAGCUUUGUUUCUGUUAGUAAGGAGAUAAGUUCCAUUAUCAAUGGCUGAGUGUGGAACAGAGCAGCGUACUUUGGAAGAUACUUCAACUUGGGCUGUUGCGGUUGUUUGUUUUUUCUUGGUUGUUAUUUCAAUCUUCAUUGAACAUGUCAUUCACCUCACUGGAAAGUGGCUGGAGAAAAAGCACAAGCCAGCUCUUGUUGAAGCUCUAGAAAAGGUUAAAGCAGAGCUUAUGCUGUUGGGAUUUAUAUCCCUACUUCUGACGAUAGGCCAAGAUGCUGUCACUCAAAUUUGCGUUUCAAAGGAGCUUGCGGCAACUUGGCUUCCCUGUGCAGCAAGAGUUAAGGAAGGAGUAAAGGUUACCAAGAACAGUCGUCUUAAACUCCUUGAAUUUUUAGAUCCUGACUAUGGUUCAAGGCGUAUUUUAGCUUCAAAAGGAGAUGAUGCAUGUGCCAAGAAGGGCCAACUCGCUUUUGUGUCGGCAUAUGGAAUUCACCAGCUCCAUAUUUUCAUCUUUGUAUUGGCUGCCUUCCAUAUUCUGUACUGCAUCACCAUUUUGGCUUUGGGCAGAACAAAGAUGAGCAAAUGGAAGGCCUGGGAGGACGAGACAAAGACCAUUGAAUACCAGUACUAUAAUGAUCCAGCAAGAUUUAGAUUUGCGAGAGAUACCACGUUUGGACGCCGACACUUGAGCUUUUGGAGUCGUACACCAAUUUCCCUCUGGAUUGUUUGUUUCUUCAGACAAUUCUUUAGAUCAGUUACCAAGGUUGAUUACAUGACACUGAGACAUGGAUUCAUCGUUGCACAUUUGCCACCUGGAAGUGAAGUAAAAUUUGAUUUUCACAAAUACAUUAGCAGAUCUCUCGAAGAUGACUUCAAAGUUGUCGUGGGGAUUAGUCCAGCGAUGUGGAUAUUUGCUGUUUUCUUAAUCCUAACCAACACAAAUGGGUGGUAUUCGUAUCUAUGGAUGCCUUUCAUCUCCUUAAUUAUAAUUCUAUUGGUCGGAACGAAGCUACAAGUUAUCAUAACCGAGAUGGGACUGACAAUUCAAGAAAGGGGCCAUGUUGUGAAGGGUGUUCCCACCGUUCAGCCCCGGGAUGACCUCUUUUGGUUCGGACGCCCGCAACUUAUUCUCUUCCUGAUUCACUUCGUUCUCUUUACGAAUGCUUUUCAGCUUGCCUUCUUUGCUUGGACCUCAUACGCAUUUAAGUGGAGAGCUUGCUUCCAUCAGCGAAUUGAAGAUAUUGUCAUCAGGCUCUUAAUGGGGAUUAUCAUUCAUGUUCUAUGCAGUUAUGGGACACUCCCACUCUAUGCUUUGGUGACUCAGAUGGGCACUAACAUGAGACCAACCAUUUUCAACGACCGAGUGGCGUCGGCGUUGAAGAACUGGCACCACAAUGCCAAGAAGAACACGAAGCACCCGCACAACCCAGAUAGUACCUCGCCUUUCUCAAGCAGGCCGACUACUCCAACACACGGCAUGUCUCCCAUUCACCUUCUGCACAAACAGCAGCACAGCAGCACAUCUCCCAGGCUAUCCGAUGGCGAACCAGAUCGUUGGGACAUUGAAGAGAUGCCUCCUUCUUCACACCAUAGUAGUAGAGCCCAUGAUCAUCAAGAACUCGAACAUUCUGUGAUGAAUAGAGAACAGGAGAUGACAGUUCAACAGCUGAGUUCAUCGGAGACCGGUUCCACAACACGUCCUGUUCGUGCUCAACACGAAAUCACCAAAAGCCCCUCAGACUUCUCAUUUGCCAAAUGAUUCAGCCGAUCGUCCCACCAGAAGUUCUUGCACGUUCUUGGCGUACAGAGCAGCAAAUACUACAUCUGUAUAAUCUUUAUACACUUAAGGACAGGACAGUAUUAUAACUACUGCAUAGCAACUAGCUUCUUUUAUUGUGCUUCAUGUUGGUAUAAAAUAACCAACUGCUUUUCCCAAUUUUUCUGAGAAUUAAUUGACAACAAAGCCAUUCUUUCCCCUA